AUGACCAACGUCGACGACGUCCACGGCCUCGCCUACCCCGACGGCUUCCUCGACACCCUCCCCGUCCUCCACCACCGCCCGCCACCACCCCAGCCCACGCGCGUGCCCUACCCCUUCCUCGAGGGUUACAACUCCCCCCCAAUCCUCCGCUACCAACACCAGCCCAUCCGCGUCCUCGACGCCGACCGCUUCGCCGACGUGCACCUGCGGUACCUCACCACCCACGCCCCCGACCACGUCCUCUUCCCCUUCCUCCACGGCCUCGAGGGCGACAACGCCCAGCAGAACGCCUUCUUCACCUCCCCCCACAACUCCACCCCCAUCCCGCGCUUUCGCGGCCUCGUCUGGGUCGCUGCAGACGCCGACGACGCGGACGACGUCGACGCCGAGGACAUCGACGAGCUCGACGACGACGACUACUCCGAGUCCUCCUUCGACUCCGAGUCCGUGGGUCCCAUGGACAUCGACGACGACAGCAGCGUCGCGCGCGACCCCACCCUCGCCGGGCCCGUCGUCACGGGCUGCCCGCCCCCGCACGCGCUCCCCCCCGCCAAGGCGAAAGCCGUCGCGCCCGUUGCCGCCCCCCCGCUGCUUAGAGUGCACGUCGUGCCCGCCUCCGGCCCCACCCCGACGCCGACCCCGAAACCCCCUCCCGCGAUGCUGACGUCGUCCUUCCGCCCCCGCGAGCUGCUCAGGGCCGACGUCGACCUGUAUGGCAAGUCGUCGUAUGCGUUCGUGGAGCCGAAGGUGCCGGCUGGGAUUAGCUUGCGGAAUUUCGGGAUACAGGCGCCGAUCUAUGCGGCCCUGUCGGAUAUCAUCGUGUAUUCGCCGUAUGGGAACACGCGACACGCCGCGACGGUCGCGGAGCGGUUUGCGUCGGCGGUGGAGGCGAAGCGGGCGGCGCGGACGGCGCAGAUAGGGGCGGACCCUGGGGUAGGGUACAAUGUUUUCGUGCUGGAGGCGGGGCCAGCGGAGCUCGCGCGGGCGGUUCCGCAUGCGAUCAUGCGGCUAGAGCAGGGACCGACGGACGCGCAUACGGACGGGACGGAUGCGCACGCUCAUGGGGACUCGCGGCAGGGGAAACCGGCCCAGCUGCGCGCGAACACGGUCGACUUUACGCGGCGCGAGAAGGAGGAGAUGCGGGAUCUGACGCAGGCGAGCGAGAUUGUGUCGGUCGCGCCGGAGGAGGAGGAGGAGGGGGUUGCGCUGGAGACGUGGGAUCCGGAGACGGUGUGUGGGUCGACGCCGGCUAGUGUGUGGGAGCCCGCGCUUGGGCAGGUGUUCCUCGGCAACUCGAACGACGUGCCUCUUCCCCCGGACAGGCGGCUGCGUGUGCGCUCGGCUGCGAUGGAGGAUGAUGAGGACGAUUGGGACUGGCGCGGGGACAACGAUCCGGCGAAUGGGAAGGGCUUCGAUAUCUGCAUCGAGUGUCACGACUUUGCGCCCUUCCCGAGUACCGCGCAUGUGCGGGCGGCGGAGGAGCAUGUUGCUGCGCUAGAGAGACGGUGGAUCGCCCGGUGUCUUGCCCAGGAGGAGCGUGGUGGUCAAGAUGUCAAGAUGGACUUGGAUGGUGGUGACGAGGAGUCGAAGUCGAUACCACCGCGUCCGCCACCCAGCGCUGCGGCGGUCGUGCACCUGCCGUUCCCCAGUUCCCCGCCGUCGUCGCCUACCACGCUUGCUACGCUGAUUCCCUUCCUUGCCUUUAUAGAGCGCAUGAUACAGCCCGCCACUCGCAUACCCCGCGGCGCUGCGCGUGAACAACUGAAUCCGCGUCCGCCGUCGUUCAUACCCCUCCACGUCCAGACGUCGGUGCCGCCUGCUUUUGGGCCGAGCUCGCUCCCGCCCCCAAGCGCGUUCCCGAAGUCUUUCUUCGACAAGGACGAACCUGCUGCGGCGUAUACGCGCGUGCGGUCGACGUCCGCGACGUUCCUCCCGUCCUCGCCGUCGCCAUCCACCUCUUCUUCGUCAUCCGAUGGUCACUCGUCUCCUUCGACUGCGCCCACCUCUCGGCAUCCGUCCGCCUCUUCCUCGCAAGGACCGAUUGCGCCGAUGGAGCUGCGCACGCGGCCGUUGAAAAUACUGAUAUAUUCCGCAGAUGGGUACACGGAGUCUUCUGUGCUUGCGCUGUGUCUGCUGAUGGCGCUCCGCGGGAUCUCGCUGCCUGAGGCGUACCUCGUGCUGCAGGUGGAGAAGCGGCGGUCGUUUUUUGUGUACCCCAACGAUCUGAGCGUGCUGCGGCGAGUGGAGCAGCGGCUGGAGAAGGAUAGGGCUGCGAGGGAUGCGAGGGCGCGGACGGGUUUGUUGGGCGGUCGGCAGUGCGAGAGUCCGACUACCGGGGGGAACGUACAGAACUGCAAGGCUGGAGAGGAGGGUUCGCGUCCUGCGGGCCUGUCGGUGUCGUUCGCGCCUGCACCUGCGCAAGACCCUCCGCUUUCCGCGCUGUCGAUUGUGACGGCCGAGCAGGCGACUCACUCGCCAGGCCAUGGACGCCAUUUAUUGCGUGCGAUGUCCGAGUCUGAUGCGGGUGCGCUCGUACCCGGUGGGCCGUCUCAGAGCCAUUUGGGUCGGCCGCGGGCGAGUACGCUCCCGCUUCCGAUCUCGCCUUCUGCGGGUGAUCACCAUCUCUGGUUCGACGACCCUCGGUUCGAGGGGAGUUUCCCGAGCAGGGUGCUGCCGUUUUUGUACCUCGGGAACCUGAACCACGCGUCGAACGUCUUUAUGCUGCAUGCUCUGGGGAUCACACACGUCGUGUCCGUCGGCGAGUGCGCGCUUGUCCCGCCGCCGAACCUCGAAGCGUCGGCGUGCGGCGCUCCGUCCUCUCCGUCCUCGGGGGCGCACUUCGUGCCGGGUAAGGGCCCGGGUGGGCACGGCUCGCUGUGGAUCGAGGAGCGCGAGGGCCGGAUCAAGGUGCUCGACAUCAAGGGCGUGUGCGACGACGGCAUCGAUACGCUCGAGCCGCAGCUGGAGCCGAUCUGCCAGUGGAUCGACCGGGCGCGGGAGGAGGGGGGAAAGGUGCUCGUGCAUUGUCGGGUGGGGGUGUCGCGCUCUGCGACGGUCACUAUCGCGUAUGUGAUGAAGCACCUGAACCUGCCGCUGGUGGAUGCGUACCUGAUCGUGCGCUCGCGCCGCCUGAGCGUGCUUAUCCAGCCGAAUAUGCGGUUGUUGUAUAACCUGCUCGGGUGGGAGGUCAAGUUGGCGCGGGAGCGUGCGGGAGAGGACCCGGAUCGGUUGCGCGCGGAGCUGGCGCGUGCGCUCAACUGGCCGUAUCUCGCGAAGGAGGUGCACGCGCUCAAUGAGAAGUACCUCCAUUGA